UAAACCGUGAUACACUCCUCCAACUUUCUUCUCAUCACCUUCUAUACGACCUCGUCUCUCUCUCUCUCUCUAGCUAGCUACCUCCAGCCUUCAGCCAUGGCAACCGGGCAAAGCUCGACUCCAUCGUUCUUCAACUUCCUGAAAGAAGGCCUGCUCCUCCCUAGCCACAACCGGAGGCUCUUCGCAGCUGUCUUCACAGUUAUCGCCGCCUCCACAUGUCUCCUCCUCCUCGGCAACGACCUCGCCGUCCAGCCCCUCAGAGACCAGCUUGACCAGGACAAAAAGGCUCUCCACAGCGCCGAUCCCCGUACCAGUAGCCUAGCAGACAUUCUUCAACUCAUCCAAAAGACCAAAAAUGACGCCCGGGCUCUCGUGCUCACCAGCGCAGCCUAUUCUCUGUUCGGCGCCAUCACCAAAUCCGCCAUCCAGGUCGUCGUCGUCUUCGCCGCCGUCGCGACAUACUCCGGCGAUAAGCUGCUCACCUUCGGGUCGCUCCUUGGCAAAGUCAAGGCGCAGCUGAAGGGCCCCGUGCUCACGCUCGCCUUCGUCUACGCACUGGAGAUCGCCUACGUCGCGCUUCUCGCUGCCAUGUCCGCUCUGCUCAUGUUCCUCAAGAUCAAGAAAUACUUGGGGUUGUUGGCUGUGGCGUCGCUGCUCUUCCUGGUCGCCGUCGUCUUCCUCCUCUACUUCUCCUUCCUCUGCUCCAUGAGCGUCGUCGUGGCGGUGGCCGAGCCCGGUUGCCAUGGCGCUGGAGCUCUCGGGCGGGCGUGGAGGCUGAUGAAGGGGAAGCACAGACGGGCCAUGCUAUUCGUUUUUGUGACUGCCUUGCUCGCCGUUGCCUUGACUCUUAUCUACACUCUGGCCAAGAGAUGCGCCGUAACUGACAUGGGAGAAGGGUUGCUCCUGGGGUUUCUGUACAGCAUCUUCAUGUCCGCCGUGCAGCUGUUUGCAGCCUGCGCCAUGGCCGCGUUCUACUACGAGUGUAAGGGGAGCACGACGGAGGCAUCGGCGGUGGAAUACGUCAAGGUUUCUACCAAGGAGCAAGUUGAUGCUUGAUUAUUAGUAGCUACUCUAUUCUGUCAACCUGAUGUGCACUGUGCAUAUAUCCUGUUAAUAUCCAUGUUACUUGACUGGUCCAAGUCAAGCGCUUGCUCGUAAGGCAGCCAACGUAUUGUACUUUAUUUUUUUAUCGCAUUCCUCGGCUCUAUGGUCUUGUAUUAAUUAAGGAUAGCUCAACUAAAUCAUGAGCUACAGCAACAUUUAUGAGUAGAAAGUCAUCCGUCCA